AUGCCUCAAUUACCAACAAAGAACUGCGGCGUCUUGGGCUGCACCGGCUCGGUCGGCCAGCGCUUCAUCCUCCUGCUCCAGCAACACCCGUCCCUGCGCCUCGUUGCCGUUGGCGCCUCCUCGCGAUCGGCCGGCAAGAAGUAUCGCGACGCCGUGCGGUGGAAGCAGUCCAGCCCAAUUUCGCCCGAGGUCGGCGACCUAGUCGUGCGCGAGUGCAAGGCGAGCGAGUUCUCCGACUGCGACAUUGUCUUCAGCGGGCUCGACAGUGACGUCGCCGGCGAGAUCGAGAAAGAAUUCCAACAGGCGAAUCUGGCCGUAUUCUCCAAUGCGAAGAACUACCGCCGCGACCCGCUCGUACCGCUCGUCGUGCCCACCGUCAACCUUGACCACCUCAACUUGAUCCCGCAUCAGCGCAAGACGCACGGCCUGGAGAAGGGCUUCCUGGUGUGCAACAGCAACUGCGCCGUCAUCGGCCUGGUUAUUCCCUUCGCCGCGCUGCAGGCGCGCUUCGGCAAAAUCGACACCGUCUCGGUCGUAACGAUGCAGGCCGUGUCCGGCGCAGGGUACCCUGGCGUGAGCAGCAUGGACAUUAUGGACAACGUGGUGCCCUUCAUCUCGGGCGAAGAGGACAAGCUCGAGACGGAGGCGCAGAAGAUUCUGGGCAGCAUCAACGCUGAUGCGACCGCCUUCGAGGAGCAGAAGACGCUUCGGGUGUCAGCCGCAUGCAACCGCGUGCCAGUCAUGGACGGUCACACAGCAUGCGUGUCACUGCGCUUUGCCCAGCGGCCACCGCCAACGGCCGAGCAGGUCAAAGAGGCCAUGCGCAGCUACGUGUCCGAGGCGCAGCGGUUGGGUUGCCCUUCGGCGCCUGAGCCGCCCAUCAGGGUGUUUGACGAGCCUGACCGGCCGCAGCCCCGACUCGAUCGUGACCUGUCCAAGGGCUACACCGUAAGUGUCGGUCGUGUCCGGGAGGAUGAGAGCGGUAUCUUCGAUAUCAAGUUUGUCGCUCUGAGCCAUAACACCGUCAUCGGCGCUGCCGGCUCAUCCAUUCUAAAUGCCGAAGCCGCCGUCCUCAAGGGCUUUGUCUAA